AUGUCGGGCCCGGCCGGCGGGGGGGGCCCGCUGCACCCGCGCACGGGGAAGCUGGUGACGCUGGCGCCGGGGGGCCGCAGCGCCGCGCGCUCCCAGCCGGGCCAGGAGUUCAACCACGGGCUGGUGCUGAGCCGCGAGCCGCUGCGCCCGGGCCGCGUCUUCGCCGUGCGCAUCGACCGCAAGGUGAACUCGUGGAGCGGCUCCAUCGAGAUCGGGGUGACGGCGCUGGACCCCGAGCACCUGGACUUCCCCAGCAGCGCCACGGGGCUGAAGGGCGGCUCGUGGGUCGUCUCGGGCUGCUCCGUGCUGCGGGACGGGCGCUCCAUCCUGGAGGAGUACGGCCAGGACCUGGACCAGCUGGGCGAGGGCGACCGGGUGGGCAUCCAGCGCACGGCCGCCGGCGAGCUGCGCCUCUGGGUCAACGGGCGGGACUGCGGCGUGGCCGCCACCGGCCUCCCGCCCCGCGUCUGGGCCGUGGUGGAUCUCUACGGCAAGUGCACCCAGGUCACCGUGGUGCCCGGCGAGCCGGAGGAGGCCGAGGACGGCGCCGCGGGAGAUGAAGGCCCGGCCCUGCCCCGUCCCCAGAGCCGCCCGGAUAAAUUCCCCAACAGCCUGGAGGCUGAGAACGGCUUGUCCAGCAUGGAGCUGUCGGAGGCGGUGAGCAACGCCAUCCUCUCGGCCUACAACGGCAGCCUGCUGAGCGUCAGCCUGGGCAGCCCCCCCCCGGCGCCGGGCGAGGGGGGGGCCGCCCCCCUCACCUCCAACGACGCGCUGCUCUUCCACGAGAAGUGCGGGACCCUCAUCAAGCUGAGCAACAGCCACAAGACGGCCGAGCGGCGCCGCCCCCUGGACGAGUUCAACAACGGCGUGGUCAUGACCAACCGGCCGCUGCGGGACGGCGAGAUGUUCGAGAUCCGCAUCGACAAGCUGGUGGACAAGUGGUCGGGCUCCAUCGAAAUCGGGGUGACGACCCACAACCCCAACAGCCUGGAGUACCCCGCCACCAUGACCAACCUGCGCUCCGGCACGAUCAUGAUGAGCGGCUGCGGGAUCCUGACCAACGGCAAAGGGACGCGGCGGGAAUACUGCGAAUUCAGCCUGGACGAGCUGCAGGAGGGGGAUCACAUUGGCCUGACCCGGAAAUCCAACAACGCUCUGCACUUCUACAUCAACGGCAUUGACCAAGGCGUGGCUACCACCCUGACCCCGCUGGUGGUGUACGGCGUGGUGGAUCUCUACGGCAUGGCGGUGAAGGUCACCAUCGUCCACAACCACAACCACAGCGACCGGCUGCGGCGGAACAACGCCAUCAUGCGGGCGCUCUCCCCGGAUGUGGGGCGCCGCGCCCUGGAGGCCGGCGGGGUGGGCGAACCCGAGCCGGAGCGCCUCCUCUUCCACGCCAACUGCGGCCAGAAGGCGGCCAUCAUCCAUGACGGGCGCACGGCCCUCCGCCCGCACGCCACGGACGACUUCAACCACGGGGUCGUCCUGAGCAACCGGGCCCUGCGUAACAACGAGGUUUUCCAGGUGCGGAUCGACAAGAUGGUGGACAAGUGGGCCGGCUCCAUCGAGAUCGGGGUGACCACGCACAACCCCACCUACCUGCAGCUGCCCUCCACCAUGACCAACCUCCGCUCAGGCACCUGGAUGAUGACGGGCAACGGGGUUAUGCACAACGGCACCACCAUCCUGGACGAAUACGGCCACAACCUGGACCGGCUCAAGGCGGGCGACACGGUGGGCGUGGUCCGCAAGGAGGACGGCACGCUGCAUUUCUUCGUCAACGGGGUGGCGCAGGGGCCGGCCGCCUGGAACGUGCCACCCAACGUCUACGCCGUGGUGGAUCUGUACGGGCAGGCGGCGCAGGCCACCAUCCUCGACGACACCGAUCUCCUCCCGCUGCCGGACGACCUGUCGGAGGGCAACCACCAGCCGUCGCCCAGCAGCCCCUCGUCCGCCGCCUCGGUGACCGACCUGCGCUUCCACCAGCUGCACGGCGCCAACGCGGUGAUCACCAACGGCGGGCGCACGGCGCUGCGCCAGAACUGCCGCAGCGAGUUCAACGACGCCAUCGUCAUCUCCAACCGGGCCCUCCGGGACGGGGAACUCUUCGAGAUCGUCAUCCAGAAGAUGGUGGAUCGCUGGUCCGGCUCGAUCGAGGCGGGGGUCACGGCCAUCCGGCCCGAGGACCUGGAGUUCCCCAACACCAUGACGGACAUCGACUACGACACCUGGAUGCUUAGCGGCACGGCCAUCAUGCAGGACGGCAACACCAUGCGCAACAACUACGGCUGCGACCUGGACUCGCUGACCACGGGCUCCCGCAUCGGCAUGAUGCGCACGGCCAAGGGGGACCUGCACUACUUCAUCAACGGCGUGGACCAGGGCGUGGCCUGCUCCGGCCUGCCCCCCGCCAAGGAGGUGUACGCCGUGGUGGAUCUCUACGGCCAGUGCGUCCAGGUGUCCAUCACCAGCGCCACGGGCCCCAUGGACAACAGCCUGUCGACCAGCAACGUCACCGAGAAAUCCUUCCCCCUCCACUCGCCAGUGCCGGGCGUGGCUCACCGCUUCCACAGCAGCUGCGGGAAGAAUGUGGCCUUCCAGGACAACGGGUGCCGGGCCGUGCGCGUGGCCGGCUACAGCCACGGCAUCGUCUUCAGCAUGAAGGAGCUGAAGGCUGACGAGGUGUUUGAGGUGAAGAUUGAGGAGCUGGACGAGAAGUGGUCGGGCUCCUUCCACGUGGGGCUGACCACCCUGCUGCCCUCCGAGGUGCCCUACGCGGCCACGGGGCUGCCGGCCUCCCUGCCGGAGCUGCACUCCAAGGCCACCUGGCUGGUGGCCGGCUCCGAGGUGCGGCGCAACGGCCAGCUGCAGAAGCAGAACUACGGCUGCUCGCUGGAGAGGCUGGGGGUGGGGAACCGCGUGGGGGUGAAGCGCUGUGCGGACGACACCAUGCACAUCCUGGUGGACGGCGAGGACAUGGGGCCGGCCACCACCGGCGUGGCCAAGAACGUCUACGUGGUGCUGGAUCUGUACGGGCGCGUCACCGCGGUCUCCAUUGUCAGCUCCACGGUGCUGGAGGAGUCGGACGGCACCAAGCCCCCGUCAGUCGCCUCCGAGACGUACAGCGAGGAAGAGGAGGAGGAGGAGCCCACACCUUGUGAGAACGAGGCCCCCGUGCCGCCGGCCGCCAUGGAGUUCCUGGAGAACCACGGCAAGAACAUCCUGCUGUCCAACGGCAACCUGACGGCCACCCGCGUGGCCAGCUACAACCAGGGCAUCGUGGUCAUCGCCCAGCCCCUGCCCCAGGGCCAGCUGUUCCAGGUUCACAUCGACUUCCUGAACCCCCAGUGGACGUCGUCCCUGUGCCUGGGCCUCAUCGGCACCUCGCCCGAGCGCCUCAACUUCCCCGCCACGGCCUGCUCCCUCAAACGCUGCGCCUGGCUGCUGCAGCGCGACUCCGUCUUCCACAACUCGCUCAAGAUCUGUGAGAACUACGGGCCCAAUCUGGACACGUGCCCCGAGGGGACGGUGCUGGGCCUGCUGGUGGACUCGAGCGGCUGCCUGCACCUCUACGUCAACGGGAUGGACCAGGGGGUGGCCGCCCAGGACAUCCCCAGCCCCUGCUACGUGCUGGUCGACCUCUACGGGCAGUGCGAGCAGGUUACCAUAGUAACGAAUGACACCCCAGCGCUGGGAGGGGAGAGCGGGGACCCCCGCGCCCAGGCGGACAUGGAGAAGGCAGACAUGGUGGACGGCAUUAAGGAGAGCGUGUGCUGGACGCCCCCCGUGGACACGAACACCAUGAAGACCUGCGAGUAUCACGCCCUCUGCGCCCGCUUCAAGGACCUCCUGCUGCUGCCAGACGACUACUUUGCCGAAGACCCUAAAUUCAGCCUCUGCUACUGCGAGUCGUGCCACAAGCUGCGGGGGGACGAGGCCUAUUACAAGCGGGGGGACCCCCCCCGGGACUACGCCUUGCCCUUCGGCUGGUGCCGUUUCAACCUCAGGGUGAACCCCCAGCUGGAGGUGGCCAGCACCUGUAAGAAGUGGCACAUGGCUUAUCACGGCACCAGCGUGGGCGCCGUCCGGAGGAUGCUGGACCAAGGGGAGCUGGGGGCAGGCAGCGCGUCCAUCCUGAGCUGCCGGCCUGCCAAGGCGGACCCCCAGGGCGGGGGCUACCACGAGCCGGAGAACAGCUCCCCCGGCCGGGGGGCCGAGCCCCAGCGCGUCCUGCUCUCGCCCACCCUGCGCUACGCCGGCCUGGAGGCCUUCGCCACCAAAGUGCAAUUCCGGGACCCCAAGUCUCAGCGGCAGCACGGGGCCCAGGUGGCCUUCCAGGUGUGCGUGCGCCCCGGCUCCUACAAGCCCGGCCCCCCCUCGGCCGGCGCCCCCGACCCCCCGGACCCCCGCUUCAGCCCCGCCGAGCUCGAGUGGGUCACCAAGGAGAAGGGGGCCACCGUCCUCUACGGCCUGCUGGUGCGCGUGGAAUGACCCCCCCCACACCCCUCGUAUGGACCAGCGGGGGGCGCCGGAUGCUGGGGGGGGGCCUCUUCUAAGUGCCCCCCCUAUUCCAGAGGACGACUGCAUUUCUGGGGGGGGGUCUUUGCGCCCCCUCUCCGGAUGCCCAGCAGAGGGGCAUGACCCCAGAAGCGGCUGCCAUUUUGGGGGAGGGUCCCCCCCCCCUCCUGUGGCACAGCCUGGGGGGGUGCGGGAGGGGGGGAGAAUUUGGACAAGUCUGACACUGUUUUAAAGCUGGGGGGGGGGGAGGCCCCCCCCUACACACAGCUCCCUCCGGUGGCCAGAGCUGUCUUUUGCACAUAGAAAAUGCUAAGGAUUGGCGGGGGGGGGGGGGGCACCUGUAGCAUGCGGGGAGAUUUGGGGGGGGGUUAUUGAACCCCAAAGGACUUAAUUUUUUUUCGUGGGGGGGGGGUCUAUGUCUACCCCCUAAACCACUUCCGUUGUGGGGGGGGUAGAGAAGACGUACCUCCAUGCCCCCCCCCCACAUGAUUUCAUGCUGGGGAGGGGUUCAGCUCUGCCCUAGGCUGGGAUUUCCCAUUGAACAUUUCAAGGGGGGAGCACUAGAUUGAAUGACGGGGGGAGGGGGGGUUGGACUAGUCCAUGGGGAGUGUGUGUGUGUGUGUGGGGGGUUUAGCUGUUACUCCCCCCUCCUUGAAGUGGGGGGGGGGGGAAGUGAUUCUCCUGGUGUCCGUUGGGGGGGGGGUGCCCCCACCCUGUAUUUUAAGGGGGUGAAUUUUAGCACUUACAGCUGCCCCCUGCUCAGGUUAGGGGGGUUGGAGGGGGGGCGGAUAUGUCAACUAAAUGACCCUGCCCCCCCCAGUUAUCACUGUCCCCCACCCCCUUCCCUCCCUGCCCCCCCCAGCCAGCUCUCCAUUCCUGCCCCCAGAGCGCUCCCCUCCCCCCCAUCCACCCUAUUUUGUCCCCCCCCCUUAUUUAUUACCCGUCGGUGGUGUUGAAAUGUGAAUUUCCUUGGGGGUGGGGAUGGCGGGGGGGGGCGCAGCUCCCCCCGUUUCACCCCAACCUGUUACUUUUUUUUAAGUUUUUAUUUAAGAUGCUUUUCCAUGUAAGGCUGGGGGUGGGGGGGG